UACGCGGUGUGUGAGAUGUGUGUUUUGAUGUUCAUUGUUGGUUUGGAGCAUGAUGUGAUGCGUUAGAUUCUAUUCUUUCCUUUGUAUGUCUCUCGUAACUCAAGUUAAUUCUGUGCCCAUGAUUGCAUUUUGAGAGUAAUUAAAGUUAUUUAAUUUUAUAAAUUCAGUUUUAUAGACAUUUGAUUCACUGCAGUGCGAAUUAAUAGGUUAUUUAUUCGAGUACUCACUCAGUGAUUUGCAAAGUGUGGAUUAAGUUUAAGAUUAUUGGGAUUAUUUUUUUCAAACAAUGAUCCGUUAUGGCUUCAAAAUUAACUCCUCAACAAAGUCCUCAAGCUCCUUCAUCGUCUUUCUGGCAGGUAAGAAACUUUAUUUGGAAUUUUCCAUGUAUGAAAGAAUUACAGCAUGUUAUACUCAUUAGUGGUGUUGCUCAUGACUUGGAUUUGAUGCUGCAAGAUUUAUUCCCUGAUGCAAUACCUUCACCUUUAAGAGAAGAGUAUGGACUUACAGAUGACAUCGCAUUGGACCACGAAUCCUUUGCCAACCAUGCCACUUUAUUGGAGCAGUUCAUGCGAGGAGCUGGACCGGAUACCUCAUUCCUCGGGGCUGAAGACCCGAGCGGCGAGUACAGAAGCAGUAAGUCCCUGUUUGCGGAGACCCCAACAUCAGACAGCUGUGAUGGUAGGACUACCCCCACUAGUACUUCCUCCCCUUCGCCUCCGCCUCCUGCACCUCCCCCUAGGUCUGUGCCUCCUCCUCUACACUAUCCUGCUGACUAUUCUGCGCACCUCCAAGGCAUGCAGGCUUCUUCCUCGGUUGGUGCUCAGUCUGCGAUGGUUAGCAGCUCUUCAGUGAGUUCUGUUCAAGAAACAUCUGAUGGUGAUAGCAGUCAUACAAGUAGCAGCUUUGCACCAUGUGACAUAGGCUUACUGGAACGCUUAAUACGAACGCAUCCUAUAUGGUUCCUCCCAGGAAUUGGACGAGCUGGAGCAGUACAUUUAUUGCAAGGGAAAGAUGUAGGGAACUUUAUAGUGCGUCAAUCAAGCAAGCCAAACACUAUGGCUCUGUCUGUUCGACUGCCAGAAAAUAAAGGUCCCUAUGUGGAGCACUACUUGAUCGAAACUGUGGGUGAUGCUCAGUUGCGACUGGAAGGCUCCGACAACAAUUUUCAUGCCAUCCCUAUGUUGGUAGCUCAUUAUUGUCAGUGCUGUGAUGAAUUACCCGUGCAACUAGCAUUGCCAUCUCCUCUUGCUCAAGCUGGUUCAAGACAAGAAUUGUCCUCUUUGGCUCUUUUAGGACAAGAUUUCUGGCUGUCCAGUCUAGUACAUAGUCCUGCUUCUGCUCCACCUGCUGGUCCUUUUCCCAGCUUGGGAGUUACUGAAAAUAUUUCUACUCAUUCCACUUUUAAACCAGGAGCUAGUGCAGUUGUCUUGCACACUGGCCCUUCCCCUCCUUCAACGCUAGGUCUCACUAGCGCAGAAAAGCCUCCAGAUAUAAGUUCGCCUAGUAGUAGCUCUCCUCCUCCCCCAGUAGCACCCAAGCAUCAGUCACAUGGAACUCCACCACCACCACCACCUCGUUCUUUCAUGACUUCAAGAACUUCAUCUUGUGCCAAUAUACCUGCACCUCAACCUCCAGGUAGCUCAGAAACCUCUCCAGAUCUGUCUUCUCCUAGCAGCAACAAUGACACUAAAAGCCAGUCAACAAAUAGUGUAACUAUAGAAAAAUCAGAUGUUAAAUUGAAAACUGAGGAGUCUGAAACUAAAAAGGGAGAAAAAAAGAUUCCUAGGGUUGCACACUAUAAACAAUCAAAUAUCGCUGAUUUAUCUCCUGCUUAUUAUAAAAGCAGUCUGGCAGAUAAAAUAAGUGAUUAUGAGGAUAUAUGGGGUAAUACAAUUACAAAAGAUGGAGAGAGAAAGCCUAAACUUAAAACAUUUCAGUCUACUGUAAAUGAUGAGCCUAGUUAUGAAAUAAAGCAUAAAAGCUAUGAUUUUUCUAAGAAGCAGCAAAGUGCUGCAAAUUUAUGUUACACUCAAGGAACACAAACUGAAGUUCUUUCCACAAAUACAUUUGAAAUUCCUCUUAAUGAUAUACAAAAUCAUAUUUCAAUUAGUGCCGAAAGUUCUUUUGACAAAGAUGAUUCUUCUCCAGAAGACCGUGAAAAUUUCUCUAGUCCGUUUUAUUCAGAGCCUGUUGACUCACUCCCCCUUGAAACAAAUAACCAGAGGACUUCUUCAUUUGGGGGUGUGGAGCACUUGCCACAGAGACUCUUCAAUCAUCGAUUUUCUGAUCCCAAUUUGCACUGGCCUCAGAAUGCUUCAUGUCGUAAAAUUGAAUCCACACUUGAUGAAGAAAGGUUGGCAAGCCUGUCAUCAAGUGUUGAUAAUAUUAAAGGUUUAGGCCCUUCUCCUCAACACAGGAAGAACAUAGCAUUAUCAACUCACUGGGUUCAGGAACUAAACCAACGUAUAGCCAGUCAGUCUGCAAAAAAAGAUUGCCAAACUCAAGUGUCUGUUCAUGAUUUAUUGUCUCAGAAAUGUGAGAAAAAGUCUUCCUCUCCUAAAAAGGGUAAAGGUCGAUUACAAAGUAACACAGCAUGGCCACUAGAUUCAUCAUGGGAAUGGAUGGCCCAUGAUGACAGUAGCAGUGACGAUAAUGAUAUUAUGUCCAUGCCUGGUACUCUAGAUUCUAAAUUUCCCCUCCAUAUACCUUAUAAAGAUGCAGAUAGUCAACUUGGUGAUACAACAACUGUUGAAGAUCUCAUAGCAUUGCGUUCUCCAGAAUUAGCUCUUCCAGAUAUAAGGCCUUUGACUCAAAGCAAUUUAAUGCGUGUUUCAGAAUAUGACAACCUUGACCGUCCACCUGAUCUUAACAAGGACAUCAUCGAUAGGCAGCGUGUCAGUGAAAUUGCAGAUGAUACUGCUACAGAGUUUUGUGAACCUUGGGAUAGCCUGAGAUGGGAAAGGUUAUUGAGAUUAGUUCUUCCUGAAACAGAUAUACUUGGUGAUGAUGACACAUUACAACGAGAAAAGAUGGAAAAUCAGCGAAAUUAUGUUAUAGAAAAUAACAAGAAAAAUGAUAUAGGGAAAUCUGAAAAUAUUCCUCAGCACGUGGGAUUCGAAGACAAUGAAAGCAAUUCAACAGUCAGUGCAUACAGUGAUGCAACUAGUGAAGGUAUUGAUGACACUUCAGCUUCUGAAUAUCCAACUGUUGGCUCUGAAAGGUACAGGAAUAAGAGCUUUGAAGAGAGAUUAGAACCUUUACUUGCUGCUCAAAGAGUUGUUGCACUUAGGAAUAGAAGCACUUCUAGAAUUGGUGAAAACAUUAGGCAUUAUAUUUUUAGACUAGCAGAAGAGAGGGACAACACUUUUGCCAAAUCUAUUGAACACUUUAUUCAAUGCACAAAAGAAAGCAACGAAACAAAACCAGCUGUUGUGAUGCGAAAUAUUCGACAGUUCAUGAGUGGAAUCAAAAAUUAUCUUCUAAAGCAUGGUGAAGGUCGAUUUGAAAACUUAUUGCAAGAAGAAAGGAGUAAGUUGCGAUCGGAUGAAUUCUUGGAUAUAGAUGCCGUUAUUGAAGAUUCCCUCCAUAAACUGGUCAUAAAACCUUUGAAAGGUUACAUCUACCAGUUAUUUGUGAAUGAAUAUACAAGGAAUGGAUCAUUAAAGCUUUUGUCUGACAACAUAAAAUUUGCUCGCACAAAAACUCCAGAAGAAUUAGGUGUCCGGCCAGAAUUUAAGCUACCUGAAGGGACAUCUCUUGAAGUUGUAAAUCAUUUCUUAAACCGUUUACAACAAGCAUAUUCUCCUUUAAAAAAACUGGAAAACCUGCUUGCAGCUAUUUCAACUAUAUAUAAUAGUGUUCAACAAGAUAAAAUUGCUCAAGGGAAAGAACAUGUUUCUCUUGGUGCCGGUGACUUUCUUCCUAUAUUCAUCUGUGUGCUUGUACGUUGUGGUCUCAUAGCAGCAGAAAUUGAAGCUGAUUAUAUGUGGGGUCUAUUACAUCCAUCGCUCAUGGCUCGAGAAGGAGGGUAUUAUUUAACGACUCUAAGCAGUGCAGUCCAUGUUCUGAAAAGUUUACAAGCUUGCAGUCCAGAGUCACCACAACAUAGUGUAGAAUCCUUUGAUAAUUUAGCUGGUUGUAGUGGUCGGGGAUAUAGUGCAGACAUUGGUAGUCCAAAAUCUCAGCUCAGCUGUAAAACGCCUUCCCCUGAACCAAGAUUAGCCUGUAUUGCAGAUUUACAGGGUUUUCUGAAAAUAAUGAUUCCAGAUGAACUCACUGGCAGUAUUAUAUCCAAAACUCUUCCUAUUAAACCAAACAUGACAACUAAAGAAGUUGCAAAACUCAUUGCUCAUAAAUUCAAUGUCACAAACCCUCAGGAUUAUUGCCUCUUUAAGCUUGUUGAUGGAGAAGAAACAAUGCUUGGUGACAGUGAAUGCCCACAAGUGAUAAAAGCUGACCUUAUGGCAGCUGGUUCCAACUGUUUGUUUACAUACAAGCGCUGUGAUGCCAAAUUUAUAUGGCCCAUUAUGGAGAAGUCAUCCUAAUUUUCUUUAGAAAUAUUUAAAUGUAGUAAUUGCAAAAAUGUAAUUUGAUUGAAAUUUUAUAUUUUCUGUUAAACUUAAUUUAUGACAAAAUAUUUGUUACAUCAAUUCAUAAGAACACAUUUAUUGUAAAGAAAAAUGGUUGCUCUCUCAAAAUAUACCAAAAUAUGUUGUUUUUGGUCCUGUUCAUUGCAUCAUUUCUAAUUUUCAAUGUCUAUUUGUAUUGUCCUAGGCUUCUAUGUAUUUUUGAAAUGUAUAUAAGAAAAGCAAUUUUUAAAGAAUUUUCUUUUAUAUCAACCUCUUAUUUAUUGCUUCAAUAAUUAAAUAUUUAAUUUAUAAUGUUCUUGAAUUUAGGUUUUCAU